UGGCUUUUCUUCCAUGGCGGCUUCCCCAGAGCUGAGCAGUUCCGUUGAGCGUUGGCGGAGACGUUAUCUGAGUGGAGAGGCUUAUCUUUUGGAUGUAACACAAGCCAAAAGUAAAAGUAGAAGGGCCCUGAUAGCUGCAGGAGAUAACUCACUGGAUGAUACAGUUGCGUCUAUACUUAUAAAUUCUUCACAAUCAAAGCUUCUGUACUGCAGAAGAAAGCAUAAUAAAAGAUUUCUGGACUCCUCAAAAACUUUGAAAAAAUUGGCUUGGCCAGAUGAUGAGUCGGAUUCUUUGUGUGAUUCAGACCAGCUUCGUAUACAGCCAGAACCAAUUGGAGAUUUUCUUGGAAAUGAUGAAAUCCAAAGUGAAGGCAUAUAUUCAGAAACAGGUAUUACUUUGCCAUCCACUUUAGGAGUGGCUGCUUACUGUGAUUAUAAUAAUGAUGGUGAUGCAGUAAGAAGCAGUGUGAGCAUUUCUGAAACCCAAGAAUUGAAUGGAGAAAACAUGGUAACACCUCAGUUCAAUCAAAUUUAUCAUGAAUUAUCAAUCAUCCACCAGAAGCUACAGCAAGAAAAAUUAAGUCAGCGAGAGUAUGCUUUGAAACUUCAAAAGAGAGAAUGUUUCGUAGCUGAACGGGAAGUUCAGCUUUGUAGGCAUGAAGCUGCUUUGACCAAGAUAAAGGGCGUUGAAGAGGAAGUUCAUGCAAAAUUUCAAAUUAUGAAGGAGCAAUAUGGAGCUGAAAUAAAGCAGUUGUCCGAUGCCUUGAAAGAAAAAACAAAGGAGAACAAAAGGCUGAAGACAUCAUUUGAAACACUAAAGGAGCUGAAUGACACCUUAAAAAAACAGUUAAUUGAUGUGACUGAGCAAAACAAGAAGCUUGAAGUCCAGUCUCGAAAAGUACAGGCUCGUUUAGAGAAUUUGCAGAGAAAACAUGAAUUUUUAUCAGUACAAAGAUCUAAAGAAGCCACAUUCCAAGACCGUAAAUCUGUGAAGUCAGAAAGAGCAAUAGCACCAGCAAAGGCCUAUAAAGUACCACUUAAUUCACAUGUCUAUAACUUGUUAACGGUAUUAAUGGACUGGAUCUCAGAGCAGCACCUAUGCAAAUUGAUUGUUGAGGAAGAGAAAGAAAACAUUCACAAGCUAACAGGCACAUUUGUUUUCAGCAAAAACUAUGUACAGGAGAAAUGUGUCAAGCUUUUGCCUCUAGUUGUGGAACAACUUCAGUGGUUGCCCUUUGUGAAUCCUAACCUGCACUUCCCUGUGGUUAAAUGCAUUUACUGGGCUGUAAGGCAGUUAGAUGGAAGUACCCAGCAUGCAGCAAUGACCUCAACCAUGAGACGGCUGGGUGAAGACUUAUUUAAAGGUGUUGUCCCUAAGGAAAGUCAACACAAUUCUUCUGAACAAUCUACUGAUUCCAAGGCCAAGGCUGCAUCUUUCUUUAAAAGUUGUAAUUUAUCUUUACGAGUUGUAUCAACUUUAAUUAUAAUCAAAGUGGUCACACAAGCUGAUUAUUUGGCACAAGCCUUUGAUUCACUUUGCAUUGAUCUGAAGACAGAGGAAGGAAAAGUCUUGUUUUUGGACUACCAAGCUGUGCCCAUAAUAUUGACUCAUCUAAGAAUAUCAAGGAAAGGCCUCCUUUCCAAUGCCAUUGACAGUUUACUUCAGAUGACAACAGAAUCUAGGUAUUUGAAUAGUUUUCUGGAAGCUUGCAGUAAUGAACUCUUUUUCCGGACUUGUUCAGUGCUGCUUCGCAGUUCUAAUCUUGAUAUUCAGCUCCUGGAAAAACUUAGCAUUCUGCUUCAAAAACUUUCAAAAAUCAAGAGUAAUAAGAAGAUGUUUGAGCUGUUUACUCUCCAUUUGAUGAUUCAAGAACUGAGGACAACACAUCCAGAUCACACAUUUUUGUGCAUUAACCUGAACUCAAUUCUCUUUAAUUUGGGUUUAAUAAAAAACAAUCCAAUUGAAAGUAGCGAAAAUGCAAGUGAUUAGCUGCAUUUUAUGACAUGUUGUUUCCAGUGGCUCGUUUAUAUUACAUGAAUUAACAAAGUGUGGAAUGGGAAUUGCCACAAUAGGCAUCUCGGUUGUACCAGUCUUCAGAAUACAUCAGUUAGAAUUGCUUUAAUUGGAAUUGUCUCUUUUAUCUGGAUUGCUUACCUGUACUUCACUUGUUUUAGACUGGUCUUCAGCCCAAAAGGCAGCACCCAACAAUACAGUGUUCUUGCAAUGAGAUCAAUGCCUAGCUGAAUAGUACCAUAUUGGAUAUCGUAUAGUACCUUUUUUUGCAUAAGUGACCUUGCAUUGACUAGAACAGGGCAAGCAAUCUGUUUGUGGGCAGAAAUCACACUUUGAUUUUUCUUCCCUUCCACAAUGUUUGAAGCAUGACAACAACGGGGCCAUAUUUCAGCCCAAUUUCUUGGUUCAUUUGGGAAACAGCUAAGAGAUAAAAUAUGUGCGUUGCAGAGUUUCCCAGAAGUUUAAUGCAUCCAAUUUUAUUUAGAAACCAUGAAAAAAAAUCAUGGCACAAAGUUUUGAAAGUUAACUGGAGCUAAAGGAAUGGAGUUGAAUGUCUGAUGACCUGCAGUUGAUCACUAGUACAGUACAGAAAGAAUAGUAAUAUUCUUUUAUGUGGGCAGCUGGACUUUCUUUAGAGAUGCUCAUUUUGUUUCUCAUAACGCUUGACCCCAAGCGUUUCAGUGAUAAUUGACAGAAUCAGAUUUUCCAGCACUUUUAUUCCAGCAAUACAAUGAGAAGAUAUUGGGUAACCACUGAGGUCAGUGGUAUGUCCUUUCAUAAAAUACAUAUUUAGCUGUUUUGUGGAGGCUAUUAGUAGCUGAAAAGAUUGGUGUUGGCCUAUGAAAAGAAAGCAUUGAUUCUUACCUGAGUUUCCAAGAGCUCUUUUGUCGGUGUUAGAAAUGCCCCAGUCCUGAAUGUGGAGUGCCUGAAGACUGUUGCUAUGUGAGACAUCCUUAGAAGAAGGCUUUUCUUCGGACCAUUUCAAGUUACACAAUAAUAGAAAUGUGCAACUUUUGAAAAUUAUUUUAAAUACAUCCUUCAAAGCUCAAGUAUUUAAGGUAUAUCUUUAAAGAAUCUGAAAAUAUGCAGCUGCUUUAAGGAGGCAGAUUAAAAGACACAGCUGCUUUAAAGAUAUUCUGUGCCUUUGCUAUAAUGCAUUCCAAAGAACCUCUUCUGACUCAUUAUUGAACAGAACGCUUAAUUUUUUUAAUGAUUUCUUUGUUAGAAAAAGCCCAGUUAUUGAACUCAAUCUUGACAAACACUAAUUUGUUUUUUUCUGAUAUUUUCUAUACAGUAGGCUGGGUCUUAUAAGGGUUACAAAAAGAUUUAUUUUAUCCUUUAUGUAUGUUCAUUUGUUUAUUGUCAUGUUACAGUGACCACUCAAAAAUGUCCCUAUGUAUCAUUUUAAUGUAA